AUGUGUGAAGAUCUCGAUUUUCUAGACCAGGUUGGAGAGUUGGUGGAAUGGCUUGGAUUCCGUCUUCUUCGUAAUCCAUUCAUCGUUGACAAGGCACUUGACGACAUUGUCAGCUCCCAACUUGACAUUGACGUCCAUGACGAUCGCUCACUAAAGUAUUGGAGCUCUGCCAGCUGGCCAAUUCUCUCUCUAAUAAAGCCUUUGGAUAGCAUCAGUCCGGAAGAUGACGUCACGGAUGGCUCGCGUAUUGCUGCUGCUCAGCAAAUACUAUUGGAUGAAGAGAGUUUUCACGGUCGGUUGCGAGCACUGAAGGUAGUCCGAGAGUAUCUGUAUUAA